UUUCGUAUUUUUUAAAUAUUCUUCACAAAAUAUUUCUAUCCUUUUCUAACAGAAGUAUCAAUUAAAGCGAUUGUGACCGACAGACGCGACAACACCGGUGUCUAAAAUUCUGAGAUAGUAGCUCCAUCUGAAUUGGAUAUCUUCGACAGGAGGUACCUAACCUAUUCUGUAUGCCGUACCACGUGUUUAUAAGCAAUAGGAAUAAAGAUAAGGACAAGUUGAAAGAGAGUGAUGUUUCUCAAUAACAAUUGAUAUUCAUAAAAGAAGAAGAAAUGGCAAGGUCAACUUCACGGCCGUAAUUGUUAUUGAUACAGUAUAGUAGUGUAGUUAAUUGAGACUAAAAAAUGAACCGAGUAACUGACGCGAAAGAAGUGAUCCUGACGAGCGACGCCACUGGGGAGAGUUGGAGCGCCGCUGUGUGGGAUCCCCGGAACGGUUCACUAUUAUCUGUGUACAAGAACGCGACGGCACUUGGACAUCGCAGCCUUCAGCUUUUGAGCGACAGUUACGUAUUGGGGGCGGACGCCACGAGACCUCGUAUACACAUCUGGCCGCUGAACAGCCCGUCACCGUUGCCCAACAUUCGAUUGAAUACGCCAGGUAAAGUCAACGCCUUGACCUGCACACCAAAUGGAUCCUAUAUAAUUGCCUCCGUGGGAGAGAAGCUGUUCAUCUGGCAGACGUGCAACGGCAGGCUACUGGUCAAUCUGACCAGGCAUUAUCAGACCGUCAGUUGUCUGGCCACUACGAAGGACGGUUCGUUAUUCGCCAGCGCUGGCGAAGACGGUCUGGUGUUCGUAUGGUCUCUUUAUAGUGCGCUGAACGACGCGCGUUGUUCGCCCGUUCACGCUUUCUCUAAUCAUAGCUUGCCAGUCAGGGAUCUGCACUUUGGUCAUGGUGACGCUCGCGCGAGAUUGUAUACAAUCUCGUUAGAUCGAACCGCGAACAUCUAUGAGCUUGGCAGUGGAGCUCUUCUGGUUUCCUUGGUGUUCGACGCGCCGCUCACAGCGGUCACCGUGAACGUUCGCGAGAGCGAACUCUUCGUGGGCUGCACAACCGGCGAGAUAUUCCAGUGUAACCUACACGAACCGCCACGUGGAGUCGAGCAUCACGUCACGGUGAGCUCGUGCGAAGAGAGCGCCGUGUUCCAGGCACACAAGUCAAACGUGACCGCCCUGUCGGUAUCCGUGGACUGCCGUACUCUGCUGUCUGGAUCUACCGACGGUGCAGUCCAUGUCUGGGACAUUGCCAGCCGGCAGGUGCUCAGGACACUCAAGCAUAAGGGACCAGUUACCGCUGCGUUUUUCGCCAAAGGAUUCGAUAAUUUUCGAGCCUCUGUUCUUAAACCACGCUUGCAAGGACGAAAUUCGGCGGAGAUCCUGAACUUCGAAUCUUAUGUAGAAGGAAGUAACGAUUUUCGAGGAUCGAAUCAGAUGUCGAAGAAGUUGGACGAUCUACAGAAAGAGAUUAACAAAUUAAAGAAAAUUAAUGCUGCCAUAUAUCAAUAUGGCGUUACACAUAUCUUAAAAAAGAUUGUUGACGAUUAAUAAAGAAUAUUGGAGCAUAAUCAUGGGAUUUUAUGUAUUCUUGU